UACCACCAAUGUGGGAGGAUAUUUAGAAAAGAAUGGGCAUGUCUCGCACACCAGAAAGUACAUAAAAAGUUUAAUAAGAAAAAAGAAUUUAACGAGUUUGGUGAGAGCCAAGACAUACCAACUACGGGCGAGAGUCCUUACCCAAAGAAGUACUCAAAGAAGAAGACUAUCUGUGAAGUAUGCGGAAAAAAGUAUGCUUCCCAGGCAGCUCUCAAGUAUCACCAGAGAGUGCACACGGGCGAGAGACCGUACCACUGUUCACUAUGUCCGAAGACAUUUACCAUGCCGCUGUUCUUACAGAUUCACUUCCGUACCCACACCGGUGAGAAGCCGUACUCGUGUCCGCUCUGCCCCAAGGCCUUCAGUAACAAGGCAGCUCUGCUGAGACAUGAUAGGGUCCACACUGGUAUCAAACCUUAUGAAUGUCCGAAGUGUGGUAAAGCGUUCACUCAGUCCAACUCCAUGAAGCUCCACGUCAAGACUGUGCACCUCAAGAUGCCGGCUCCGUACAAGAGCAAAACACGGAAAAACAAGGAGGCUGUGAGACAGGCUGUGAUUAAUAGCAUGAAGAUCCAAUGUGUCACUGUGGACAAUGACCGUUAUGCAGAGGUAAAGGUGGAGCCCGAGGUCCAAGAGUACGCUAUACAAUACAAAGAGGAGUACCAAGAGGAGGCGAUGUAUACCGCCAACGUGAAGUCUGAGGACGUGUUCGUCGCUCCCGACAUCAUGUACGAGGAGGUGUAUGUUGCUGAGGAGUAAACAUGUACGGUUCCUUGGAAGCGUAUACCGCAAUCAUCGAUAUACGCGCGUUGCGUCAGCGUUGCGUUGUUUUAUA